AUGAAUUGCAUUCGACGAGGUGUUAGUUAUCUCUGCUCUGGUCCUCCGCCUCCACAGCACCAGCCGGAGCCUAGAUGCCGGGAAAAGCGACCUCGGGACCCAAAGCGCCGUGCGCCAGAACUCCGCUCACGGUCUCCGACUCCUGACGAAGUGGUGGAAGUGACUGGGAGCGGUGGACUGGCAACGACAAACACACGAGCCAUGCCAUCUCAGUCGCAGCAGCCGCGGAUUGGGCAACUCUGGAGCUCCAGAGGCGCUCCGGCAUUUUAUGGUACUUCUUAUUUUGGGCCUCAGGUGGCGGCCGUCAUGAUCGACUCUUCGGCUCCUGUCAUUCCUGCAGGGACCGGAUCGAGAAGAGCACUAGACGCACGACCGUUUCGUGACGAGUCUGGUCCAUUCUCACAGAUCUGGGACCUGUUGGGUCUCCUCCCGAGGCAGAAGACCACCGUGGACCACCUGGUGGAUCGCUUUUUCAACGAUGUGAACCAAGACAUUGACGCCGUGCAUCCGACGUCUUUCCGACAAAGCUACGUUCAGUUUUGGGAGCGCAAAUCGGGCUUCGACGACGUUACGACGGUAGACUUGAGGUGGCUUGCACUUUUGUUUGUCAUCCUUGCCAUCGGCGCCUAUCUAGACUGCCCUUUGGAAAGCACUCCGGACACGAAGCGUGACUAUGAAGAAGCUUCCUUGAGGUUCUACUGGGCUUCGAGGAGGGCAAUCGUGUUGGCUCCGUCGUUCUACGGCGAAAGUACGGACCUCGUUCGUGCCGGGGUUCUGAUCACACGGUAUCUGAUCCAAACCCAGAGACUGGCUGAAAGCUGGUUAACGGUUGGGUUCGCCGCGAGAAUCGGUAUUGCACAGGGUCUUCACGUAGACGGAGAUAAAUGGGGACUGCCCAAAAGAUCAACAGAGACGCGUCGACGGCUGUGGGGUCAUCUGUACACGCUCGACCGGAUGAUUUCCCUCGCCCUAGGGAGGCCGUCGGUCAUCUCGGAUGCUCAGAGCAUUCUGGAAGAGCCUCAGAAUAUCUUCGUGGACGACAUGACCGAUGACGAGGCACACUCAGCACAGCCUCAACCCCUUACCAACCCUACAAUCAGUGCCAUGGCGUCUUUCGAAUAUCGACUGGCCAAAGUCAUCGGGCAGAUCCAGGAAGCGUGUUUCCAGUUUCACGCGGCCUCUUAUCGAGAUGUAUUGGCGCUUGAUAAGAAACUCAUGAGGUGGAAGGACACACUCCCUCACUACUUCGCGCUGGAGGACCCUGAUCUGUCCCUCGACGAGACGCAUGGCUACUUGAAAUGGCAGCGAUUGUAUCUGCACACCAGCUUUCACUUCGCACGCAUCACGUUGCAUCGGCCAUUCCUGCUCCGCUAUUCCAUGACCAAUCGCUACGAAUUCAGUAGACAUGCUUGUCUUUCAUCGGCACGAGCCGAUCUAGGGACUCGGCUCAAUAACCAUACAACGGACGCCGCCAAGCGAUACGCAACUAGCCUUGCUGCCCAUCAACUCUUCAACAGCGCCAUCAUCCUGGGCAUCAUCGCCGUCCGGGAGGUCAAAUCUCCGCAGACUCCUGGCGUGGUCGAAGAUCUAGAGGCUUACUGUGAGAUGCAGAGGUCGGAGAUGUGGUUGAGCGAGUUUGGCCUGGCUGAAAUCAAGGUGGUAGAAAUGUGUAUCGCCAAAUUGAAGCAACAACUGCAGAAUAGCGCCCAAAGGAACACCGGGACCCAGCGACAGACUCCAGAAGCAUCACAGGUCCCCAACCUGGAUGGCCCAAGCAAUGUUGUGCCGGUUGAUGUUGAUCUGACCAUGGCAACCGACCAGAAUGCUGCUCUGAUGAAUGUCGGGCCGCUGGAGAUGGUGUCACCGUCUACUUUGGACGCAGGGAAAACUCCUGUCUGGCAAGACCAACUCUUUCCAGGCACUUUCCCUGGACUCACGGAUCUGCAGACGUGGCAAGAGGUUAUUGAUAAUAUCGAUGUGGAUUUUUGCUAUGACGGGUAA